AGGGUGGGUAUAUAAUAAUCUAUGUAUUUCCAAAAGUUUGAAGACACAAUUUCUACUACUCUAGCUUGUUGCCAAGUUGUGAUUUUAAUCUUAUAGUUCAAUAACAAUGAGUACAAUUAACAACAUACUGAAUAUAGUAUUGCCCCCAUUGUCACUUGUUCUGCUCCCCAUUUACAUGCUACCUUAUCUUUUCUUCAAAUUAUUUAUUUAUGUAAAAAGCUUGUUCUACAAAGAAAAUAUGGCGGGGAAAGUAGUGCUAAUCACUGGUGCAGCCUCAGGACUUGGUGAGCAAUUAGCUUAUGAGUAUGCUAGGCAAGGAGCAAGGUUGUCCCUUGUUGACAUAAAAAAGGAGAAUCUUGUAGAAGUGGCUGAUAUGGCAACAUCUCUUGGUUCCCCUGAUGUUAUCAUCAUUGGUGCAGAUGUUUCCAAGGUCCAAGACAGUAAGCAGUUUGUUGAUGAAACAAUUAACUACUUUGGACAAUUGAAUCAUCUAGUAAAUAAUGCUGGAGUUGGUGGGGACCCAAGAUUGAUAGAGGAUUGUUCUGAUGUUACUAAAUACACUUCAAUUAUGGAUACAAAUUUCUGGGGAGCAAUUCAUGGCACUCUACAAGCAAUCCCACAUCUCAAAAACAGCAAAGGCAGGAUCAUAGUGAUUGCUUCGUAUACUGGAUGGUUCCCACUUCCAAGAUUAAGUUUCUAUAAUGCAAGUAAGGCAGCAGUGAUAAGCUUCUUUGAGACUCUAAGACUGGAGCUUGGUUGGUGUAUUGGCAUAACAAUUGUCACGCCUGGUUUUCUCAAAACCAAAAUGGCAUUGAGGGCUUAUGAAUAUGAGGCUAGUCUGAGAAUAAUUCCAAUGGGGUCAACAUUUGAAUGUGCCAAAGAGAUAGUGAAAAGUGCAUGCAGGGGAAAUAUGUAUGUGACAAAUCCUUCAUGGGUCAAAGUGAUGUUUCCUUUUAAGAUGUUUUAUCCUGAAUUGGUAGACUGGGCUCAACAACAUGUCUUUGGGCUUUUGCCAAAAUCUUCUAAAAAUGGAAAUCUUCAUAUAUUGAAGAAUAAUCAAGUGCUUAAGGAAGAAUAAAAUGUUAUUUUAUCCAUCUUCAAAUUCGAUCUCCUGAGGUCAAGACAGAAUGAGUCAUUUCAAUUGAAAAGAAAUGGACUCAACCAUGAUACAUAUAUUUUAAAGAGUUAAAUAUAUUCUUAGUCCUUACAUUUAUGCGACAUUUUAUGAUUAGUCCCCCUAAAAAAAUUAUUAUAUUUUUAAUAUUUUUA